AAAUCGAAGAGACAAAGGUCACUCACUCACUCAUUCACUCACCGACUCACUCACUCACUCAUGGAGGAGGAACAGUGAACGAAAAGUUGACUUCUUCUCUUCUCUCCAUGAGAGCUUGAUUAAUUGAUCGAGCCAAAAGAGCUUCAUAUAUAUAUAUAUAUAUAUUUGAAUAACCCAGAAAAAGAUUAGUGAUGGGUUAUUCCAAGACUUUGAGGAAGUUGGAGGUGGCAUCUCCUGUCCCAGAUGACAUCGACAUAGCCAACGCGGUUGACCCUUUUCACAUCUCUGAGAUUGCCAAGGAGCUCAAUCUCAGUCCUCAUCACUAUGAUCUUUAUGGAAAAUACAAGGCCAAGGUUUUGCUUUCUGCGCUUGAUGAGCUUCAAGGAUCUAAAGAUGGGUAUUAUGUUGUGGUUGGGCGAAUUAGUCCAACACCCCUUGGAAAAGACAAGUCUGCCACUACUAUUGGACUUUGUCAAGCUUUGGGUGCUUUUCUUGACAAGAAGGUCGUUACAUGCCUCCGUCAACCAUCACAAGGACCAACAUUUGGAGUCAGAGGAGGUGCAGGAGGAGGUGGUUACUGUCAAGUGAUCCCAAUGGAUGAGUUCAAUCUUCAUCUCACUGGAGAUAUUCAUGCAAUAACAGCUGCAAACAAUCUUCUGGCUGCUGCCAUUGAUGCUCGGAUUUUUCAUGAGGCAAGCCAAUCAGAUAAGGCUCUCUUCAACAGGUUAUGCCCCCUAAACAAGGAAGGACAACGCAGCUUUAGUAACAUCAUGUUUAGACGUCUGACAAAGCUUGGAAUCACAAAGACCAAGCCCGAGGAUCUCACACCAGAAGAAGUUAAAAUGUUUGUUAGGUUAGAUAUUGAUCCAGAAACUAUAACAUGGAGAAGAGCAAUGAAUAUAAAUGACCGCUUCAUGAGGAAGAUUUCUAUUGGCCAGGGGUCCGAAGAGAAAGGAAUGGUGAGAGAAACAGGAUUUGAUAUUUCCGUUGCCAGUGAAAUAAUGGCAGUUUUGGCCCUUACAACAUCUUUAGCUGAUAUGAGAGAGAGGCUUGGAAGAAUGGUGAUUGGUAACAGCAAGGCUGGUGAUCCUGUAACUGCUGAUGAUCUUGGUGUGGGAGGUGCAUUGACUGUCCUCAUGAAGGACACAAUCAACCCUACUUUGAUGCAGACGCUUGAAGGAACACCAGUUCUUGUUCAUGCUGGCCCUUAUGCAAAUAUUGCUCAUGGGAAUUCCUCUAUUGUGGCUGAUAAGAUUGCACUGAAAUUGGUGGGACCAGGUGGGUUUGUAGUUACUGAAGUAGGUUUUGGAGCUGAUAUUGGUGCCGAGAAGUUCAUGAACAUAAAGUGCAGAUAUAGUGGUUUAACACCUCAGUGUGCAGUUAUUGUGGCAACAAUAAGGGCUUUGAAAAUGCAUGGUGGUGGUCCAGCAGUUGUUGCUGGGAUGCCCCUGGACCAUGCCUACUUGACAGAGAAUGUUGGUCUAGUUGAAGCAGGUUGUGUGAAUUUGGCCAGGCAUAUAGCAAACACAAAAUCUUAUGGUGUAAAUGUUGUUGUUGCUGUGAACAAGUUCUCAACUGAUGCUAAAUCUGAGUUAAACGCAGUCAGAAAUGUUGCAUUAGCAGCUGGGGCAUAUGAUGCUGUCAUUUGUACACACCAUGCCCAUGGUGGCAGAGGAGCUGUAGACCUAGGCAUUGCUGUUCAAAAGGCCUGUGAGAACCUUACACAACCAUUCAAGUUUUUAUAUCCUUUGGAUAUCAGUAUCAAAGACAAGAUUGAGGCUAUAGCAAGAUCAUAUGGUGCCAGUGGUGUUGUAUACUCAAAACAGGCAGAGAAACAGAUUGAGAUGUACAGCAGGCAAGGGUUUUCAGGUCUUCCCAUCUGCAUGGCCAAGACUCAGUAUUCAUUUUCACACAAUGCAGCUGAGAAGGGAGCCCCCAGCGGCUUUGUCCUACCGAUAAGGGAUGUGAGGGCUAGUAUUGGGGCUGGAUUCAUAUACCCUUUGGUGGGAACAAUGAGUACAAUGCCAGGACUUCCUACAAGGCCACGCUUCUACGAAAUCGAUCUCGACACCACUACUGGAAAGGUUAUUGGUCUCUCUUGAACAAGGCCUCUAUACUUCGGCCAAAGUUUGGAUCAAGGGCAGACUUUUCACUACCAUGGUUUGAUGGUUUUGCUGAAAUCUUAUCAUGCUAUAUUCCAUCUGUCUUGUAUAACUAAACAUAGUUUUUUUUUCUUCAAAUAAAAGAAGCAUGUUAAAUUUGA